UACUGGUACAUGUAUAUCAAUCAUUUUUUGACUGCUGUUUUCUUUUGAUGCCUGCAUUGCCUGUUAAAGCAUGUUGGUCUGCACUCUGCUGCAACUGUGGGCUCCGGGAAUGUUGCGUGAAAUAAGAACUGGGCAUUGUUGGAGUUACAUGUAGUUUAUGAACCGACUUAUUAUAGUCCAUGGAAUCAUUUUUGGUGUGAGCCCUGUUCUUGUGGAUUGUUGCUAUUUGUCUUCUUGAAAGUUGGAGAUUGGAGAUAUUGUGUCCUUGAUUUAGAUUCCCAUAAUCAGGUCAGAUGAAGUUUUUUCCUAACCACUGCCAGUGACAACCCAAGAACACAAAGAUGGCUUAUACAGAGGAAGAGACUGGAAACUCAAGGAUAAGCAUGACCAUUGAGACAGGGUCAGUGACGGUGAGGCAUAUAUGCAAGAUGUUCAGAUCAUCAAGAAGCAGGACAGUACAGAUAAUGCUUCUCUUCCACGUUUUGUCAUUACUUCUCAGUCCGUGUUUAUCGUAUCCGCAGUUUAGCGAGGGGAACACUGCAUUUACAUUGCAGACGAUAGCGGUAGAUGCACAAAGAGACACUGUUUUCAUAGGCUCGGUGAACAGAGUUUAUAAACUGAACAGCAACCUGAGUCUAGAACAAGAAUCUGUGACAGGGCCUGUCCAAGAUGGCCCAGAAUGUGUACCAAGAUCCACAGACUGUGGAAGUGCAACAGACAAUUUUAACAAAGUCUUACUAGUGGAUGAUGAUCGUCUCAUAGUAUGUGGGACGGUGUAUCAAGGAGUCUGCGAUAUAUUGGCGGUGGACACGUUGGGUGUGUUGUCAGACAUCUCUAUGACAGAGGUAUCUGUGAACACAGAAUAUGGCACCACUGUGGCAUUUGUAGCAAAUGGAAUAGGUAAUAUGAAGACACUGUAUGUUGGAUCAUCAACGUCAGAGUGGCUUAGGGGCAAUGAGUGGACAAUGUCCAGUAGGCAGUUGCCAUCCGAUCUGUCAAGUUCAUCUCUUUUUCAAGUGUACAAUGGAGGGGGUCCUCAGGCUCAGAAUCCCUCUUUGAUCCGAAUACCGGCAGGUACCAUUGAUGAUUCUCCAAGCAGCCAGAAGUUCAAUAUCACCUACAUCUCAGGUUUUGCAGCAAACGGCUUCAGCUACUUCAUCGCUCUCCAGCCGAAGGUGUACGAUAGCCCAAGCAACUACUACACGAAAAUAUCUCGGGUGUGUCAACAAGAUGACCACUUCUACUCCUACAUUGAGCUUCCUCUACACUGCUAUGUCUAUGGCCAGGAUGAGAGGACCCUGUACAACAUUGCACAGUCAGCCUACGUUGGCACCGUUGGGUCAGAUUUAGGAUCUGAUGACUUGCAACCUGGAUCUGAAGUUCUCUACGUGGUGUUUGCCAAGUCGGAAAUGAUGAGCAAGACUCCUUCAGAUACGUCAGCUGUCUGUAUGUAUCCUCUUUCUGCGAUAGAUCUGGCAUACUGGGAGAGGAGGUUGGGAUGUGCUCGGCUAGAAACAGACAGAACAGACAUUGACUGGUUAGGAUCUGUGGGUUGUGGCACAUCAGAUAAUAUGAUCAAUGAUAUCAACUCUACUGGACCCAGCUACUGCCAUAAAAACGACAACAAUGUACCACUUGGUGGGGAUUUCCCCAUUGAUGCAAGGGCUGUAUACACCCAUCCGUCUGUCCUGACAUCCAUUGCGGCUACGGUUCAUCGUGAGCGGACCGUCAUCUUUCUAGGGGACCAAGAUGGGCAGUUGAAGAAGCUGUGGUUGAUGGAUUCAUCCACUGCCAAGCUGUAUGAGGAGAUGACGAUAGAUGCUGAUGGUGGCAUGGUGCAGAACGGCAUGGUCCUAACACCAGAUGAAAACCAUGUCUACGUGAUGACCGAAACAAAGGUUACCAAGGUCCCGGUGGAGGAGUGUGAAUUGUACACCACUUUCUCAGAGUGCGUAGGAGGAGCAGGAGGGCAGGAUGACGUCGCCGCCGUCGGAGAUCCCUACUGUGGAUGGUGCUCUCUCUAUCAAAGGUGCACAAGAGGGGUUGAGUUUGAAUGCCCGGGUGUGGAGAACCCUAACCUACCUCAUCGUUGGUUGACCAGGGAUGAUGAAAAUACAAGAAUCGAGAAGAUAACUCCUCCAAACACCGACAGCGGAACAACCAUUAUGCUUCACAUCACAGUACUGAAUCUGCCUGCUCUGGAUGUCUCGGAGGCAUACCAAUGUAUCUUUGGCGACCUAGGAGACAAACCUGCAGCAGUCAACACCACAAUCCCCAGUCGCACGGUGGUCACAUGUUACACCCCUCCUGACAUUCUCGAACCGGUUGAUGGUUUUACGCAAGUGGAGCUCACCUUGAGGCACACCAAGACAAAUGUCGAUGUCGUUUCCACAGACUUCUAUUUCUACCAGUGCAGUACUUUCUCCACCUGUUCUGAGUGUGUUGCGCAGGCGUUUGGUUGUAACUGGUGUGGCUAUGAGACCAUGUGCACAGUCAAUCUAGGCCAGUGUCAACCUGAGGGAAUCAUUUUGGGUGUAGGGACGGCCACUCCAUCGGCCACUGACUUGGUUGGUCAAGAAUACUGCCCUCGUGUGGGCCUCGGUGAUGAUACAGAGAUCUUGAUACCGGCUGGAAUUCAGAAGAACGUCCAGCUCAAUGUUGCCAAUUUGUUGGCUCCCCUGGGUUCUCAGACUGGUGUCGGUUAUACGUGUGUCUUCCAGUAUGAGAGCAAGGAGGUAUCCGUCCAAGCUAAUUUAGAUGGAGAAGAUCUUCUCGUCUGUGAACAACAAGUGUUUGAAUAUGAGGCAGAGGCCAACAGUGUUACAGGAUCUAUGAUCGUUACGUGGAAUGAUGUCUUUGUCGUCACAGAUAGAGAGAUACCAGUUAUCUUGUACAAGUGUACCAUUGACCGAUCAAACUGUGGACUCUGCUUGAGUGCGGAUCCUAAGUUCCAGUGCGGCUGGUGCAGUAGUCAGUUUGAAUGCGGGAUUGCAUCUCAGUGCCUGGAUAAUGAUUGGUUGAUCGGAGAGGAUACGGUCUGCCCUGACCCAACAAUCAGAGAGAUCUCACCAAUAUCUGGUUACUUCACUGGUGGGACCAAUCUAACCAUCAAAGGGUACAAUCUUGGCUUGACUGCUGCAGACAUCAUCAGCAUUAGAGUUGCUGGUAUAGAAUGUAUCAAGGAUGAGGACACGUACAUCACUGCUCUCCAAAUAAGCUGUACCACAACCUCCUCUCUAAAACCAGACUCUGGUAAUGUAGAGGUGACCAUUGGUAACAAUGGAGGACAGAUGUACUUGGCUACCUCCGAAAAUGUGUUCAGCUAUGUGUUGCCCAAGAUCACAGGAGUAAGACCCACCUACGGUCCAGCGUCUGGUGGAUCUCUUGUCUCUAUCCUGGGUCUUAACCUUGAUGCUGGUAGCAGCAGUAUAGCAAACCUUAACGGAGUUCCCUGUCAGAUCGUCAGUGCUUUCCCAACUGAGGUACUUUGUCUGAGUGGAGCAGCUGGAGUCGGAACCAUGGGUUAUGUCAGCAUGACUGUAGAUGACCACUACGUGGAAGGAUCAUCAGAGUUUCAAUAUCGGCCAGAUCCAGUUAUUACUAGAGUUAGCCGGUUCAGCAGCAUCAGCAGUGGUUCCCUGGAGCUGGAUGUGGAAGGAAGUGAAUUUGACACCAUUCAGUGGCCUCAACUCGGCUUCCUCAUUGAGGACCAGCAACUCAUCUCGAACUGCUCAAAGAGUGCAACGACCUCCAUGAUGUGUUUGACCCCCAGUGUGAGUGACCUCAACUUGACCUUACCCCUAGAGGUACCCAUUGCCAACGUCAGUUUCCUAUUGGAUGGUGUGAUGGAGUAUGCACCCUUGCAGAAUAAUGGGCAGAUCAGCGGCCUGGACGAAGCGUUCAUCUUUUUUCCAGAUCCCGUUUUCUAUCAGUUUGAAAAUCAAAAGAUGGAACUGGAAUUUGAUCAGCGCAAAUUCAUCAAGAUUUCGGGUGAUAACCUUACCUUAGCAUACAGGGAAGAUGAUGUGAGGGUAACCAUAGGAGGAGCACCCUGUACUGAUGUUGUAGUCAAACAACAGGAAUUGACAUGUUAUGCUCCAGAAACACCACCAUCCGAAUUAGAAGGAAGAAACACAUUUGAUGUCAUGGUGUACCAUGGUUCCCUGAGUUUCCUUGUAGGUCAGGUGGAGUACCUACCCCAAGCCAUCCCUCUGGCCCUCAUCGUUGGAUCGGUAGCGGGCGGGGUACUCUUCCUCCUCGUCAUCCUCAUCAUGGGGGUCUGCAUCGCCUCCUACCGCAAGAACAACAACAACGAGAAGAUCUUUAAGCAGAUGGAGGACCAGAUUGGAACCCUGGAGCUCACAGUGGCUCAGGAGUGCAAAGAAGCCUUUGCCGAGUUACAGACUGGUGUCCUGUCCAUCACACAUGACAUCAAGGGUCAUGGAAUCCCGAUUCUUGAUUACCGGUCUUACGUUGUCAAGUCUCUCUUCCCUGAGAACCCCAACCAUGCUGUACUCAAAGAUCUCUCGGUUGCUGGUGUGAGGAAAGACUUUGUACAGAAGGGUCUAUGGCAGUUUGGGCAGCUGCUCUCCAACAAGUCUUUCCUGAUGAUCUUCAUACGUGUGCUGGAGGAGCAGCGAACCCUGUCCACCAAGGACUUCAGCAACGUUGCAUCCCUCUUGGUAGUGGCCUUCCAGGGCAAGAUGGAGUAUUGUACCGAUGUCUUGAAGGCUCUCAUGGCAAGGGCUAUCAAGCAACAUGUCAAGGAGGGAGAGGAGUCUGCUAGAGUGUUCAUGAGGAGAGGAUCAUCCGUUGUGGAGAAGAUGGUUGGUAAUUGGCUCACUGUCCUGCUCUACAAUCAUCUUCAAGACUCUGCCGGUGAGCCGCUCUUCAAACUCUUCUAUGCCAUCAAGCAACAGGUGGAGAAAGGACCAGUCGAUUCAGUGACGGGGGAGGCCAGGUACAGCUUGACAGAGGGCAAACUCAUCAGACAACAAGUUGAUGUCAAGCAACUGACCUUAAAGGCACAGGGACCAGACCGUAACACUCCAAUGGUUGAAGUGAAAGUCCUUGAUUGUGACACCAUCUCCCAGACCAAGGCUAAGAUCCUAGAUGCCAUCUACAAGACCUCGCCUUACUCGCAGAGACCAAAGAAGAAUGAACUUGAUCUAGAGUGGUAUGAUAGACCAGGUGGCAAACAAAUUCUUUUUGACGAUGAUGCACUGAGACCUAUGGAGGGAGGUUGGAGAAAGAUCAACACCCUUUCACAUUACCAGGUUACAGAGGGUGCAACGGUCUACCUUCUACAAGCUCAGGGGAGCAGUGGAUCCUUACAUUCCAACCAUUCUUCACCAGCUAGAUCAUACAAUAAUGUCAAUGUGAGCUACAACAUCCAGACCCCUGCGUCUUCCAUGUCACCGAUGAUCACCAUAGACUAUGAGAAUAUGAAUAGAAUGUGGCAUCUGGUGAAGCCCCAGGACCACCAGCAGCAAGAGAAUGGUGUUACUGAUCGGAAGAUGAUGGCAGAGAUAUACCUUCCUAGGCUGCUAACUACCAAGACCAUCUUGCACAAGUUUGUAGAUGACCUUGUGACGACCGUCUUCAUGUUGGACGAUGAUAACUCCUUGCCUCUGGCCAUCAAGUAUCUCUUUGAUUUCCUGGACGAACAAGCUUAUGAGAACGGUAUCACGGACCCUGCCAUCAUCCAUGCUUGGAAGAGCAACAGCCUACCCCUUCGGUUCUGGGUGAAUCUGAUCAAGAAUCCUGAUAUGAUCUUUGACAUCCACAAGGCUGACACGGUGGACUCCUGUCUAUCCGUCGUAGCUCAGUGCGUCAUGGAAGCGUGCUCUGUCUCGGAGCAACAGCUGAACAAGAAUUCACCGGCAAGCAAGCUUCUUUAUGCCAAGGAUAUCCCUGCAUACAAAGAAUAUGUCUCACAGUACUACAAAGACAUCCAGAACAUGCCUGUGAUCAGUGAUCAGGACAUGAAUGCUAUGUUAGCUGAGCAUUCACAAAGACAUCACUAUGAUUUCUACAUGCUAUCAGCUCUCAAUGAACUCUACUUUGGCUAUGCCUGCAAGUACAGAAGUGAAUUAAUAUCAGCCUUAGAUGAGGAUGACACAUCCAUCAAGCAGGGACAUGCGGAGAAGAUCGAGGAGAUCGAAAGAAUCAUGUCCAAAUCGUUCUGACAAAUAACCAUCAACCCAAGAGAAGUAGGCAGAAAGAAUGGGAUCGUGCUACCAGACUCCGACAUACAAUCCACCACCUGUUAAUGAGAGAUAGAGAGAGAGAGAGAGAGAGGGGACAGAGAGAGAGAGAGAGAAUAUGAGAGAGCGAGAGAGAGAAAGAAAGAGAGAGACAGAGGGGGACAGAGAAUGAGAAAGAGAGAGAGAGAGGGAGAGAGAGAGAGAAAAAAACUUGAUGUAAAAAAUUGUAAGUACUUGAGACAUCUAAACUGAAAUAUAAAAUUUCAACUCGAAGCAAUUUGAAUCUGGAAUUUAAUUUAACCUUUUUUAAAUUAAAACCUUAGAUUUAAAGCAACUAGUGUUAGUAUCAUUUUGGUGCAAAGUAAAAACAAUAAACAAGUUAUGAUAACUAAAUAACUAGAAUUAAAUUUUCAAAUUUAGAUAAACUGCUUAAUGGGAUUUAUUUUCAGACCUCAACAUAAAUUCACCAAAGAAGUCUGGACCACAUAUUAUUGAGAAUUAGAGAAAAGGAUUAGGUCAAGUAAAACGGAAGUCUGGAACGAACCAUGUUAAGAAAAUUCUGCCUUCUUCGAUUGGGUUGAUACUUAUCAGAGAACUUUAUAUCAGAUUAUUUUUAUAUUUUUAUAUAUUGAUGCAAAUUGUACAUAAAGGAAAACUUAUCACUUCCAAGAGCUCUUCAUUCUAACAAUUUUCUGUGAUUAUCUUGCAAUUGUAUAUUGAAAUCCUGCUUUAGAGAAGCUUAAAUUGCAGCUGUAUAAUUUGGUGUAGUUGUAGCAUUUAGCUCUUCUAGUAUAGCCCGGUAUCUUUAUGAUUUUUGCUGAAGUUUGCCGUGAAGAUGACAUGCAAAGAAAGUAUUCUAGGUGCUUGUAAUAUUGCUUUCAUUUUAUUUUAUUUGAUGCAAACUGACGUUUAGUUAAAAUGAUUGUAUCAGGAUGGGAGAGUUCCAAAUGGAAGCCUGGCUAUUUUAAGUUGUUAGAAAAACCAGGUGACCACUAGAAUAUAGCAAAAGGGAGACAAUUGGGGAAAUGGGGUAGGUAACAAAUUUAAUGGACUGAAUGAAAUCUAUACAAAUAUGCGAUAAUGGGAUGAUUAAUUCAAAGUUAUUCAUCAAAUUGAAUGAAUUGAAUUUCUUUAUAUACUUAAAUGAGGAGGGAAUGGAAUAAUGGUUUAAACUAAUACAUUAUAUUAAAUAAACAGUGCAGUCUUUAAAAUGUGUGACUGUAACUUCAUUAAACUGUACAAGUAGGAAUAAAUCAAGAGAUGAUUAUGUAAUCUUAGGGGAAAAUAUUGUUAAUUGUGUUAUUUUGGUAUUCAAGUAAUUAGGUUUUCAUGAGUCAUUAACAAAAUCUAAGCAAGUACAUAUGUUAUUGAUGUUGAGAAUUUAAGCCUAUCCUGUUCAUUCCGAAGUAUACUUCUAUGUUCUAUCUUUUAAAAGCUUAUCGCAUAUUUGACUUUUAUAAAUAUAAACUCCCUAAGUUUCCACAUUUAUUAAUGUAUUUAUUCAAAAAUCAAUUUAGUCCUUCAAUUUUGUUAUUUUAGUGUGUAACUAUUGGUGGAAUGUUGUUAAGUAAGCUUGAGCUGGCUCAGUACCAAAGAGUUCUUGUAACAGUACUCUCUUUCCUUCCAGCAUUUAUUCAUAUAUUCCUAAUUCAUCCUAAUUCUUCCUUUAUAGUCCUUUUUGUAUUUUGUCCAAUAUUUUUUGGUUUAAUUUUAAUUAAUAAUGUAACAACUAUACAUCACAUUAACAUUAGUACAUGGGUACUUAGAUAAAUCCAGAAUAUAACAAAUUUGUCCAAUAUAUAUAUAUAUACAUUAUUUAUUUAUCAAUUUAAAUAUGCAGAUAUUCUCUCGAAUAUGCAAGCAUUUUGAUAUUGUUGUCCAACCCAUUUCUAUUCAGUACAAUAGUAGAGAUAAGCUUUUGCUACUUUUUAAAUAUAUUUUUGAUUUAUAACCCAUUAUGUGUAGUCUUAAAAAUAUUGACAAACCUCUGAAGUUAGUAAUUGAAAGGUAUGUGAAUUGUAGCCAUUUAUAUUGUAUUCAGAAAUAGUGCAUAUACCUGACAUUAAUUUUGCAUGGCUUGUGACAUUUCAUUUUUCUUUGCAUUUGCUAUAUUUAGCUUGUAUUCCUUUAAAAAAAAAAUAUGCAAAAAAAGUACAAGAUAUAAUGCCAUAUGUAAAGUAUUAAGAUACAGUCUUGAACAAAGUGCCAUUAUCGUUUAAAAAUCUAUAUCAUAUUUGUGUUUUUUGCUAUAUGGAAAUUGUUCACAUUCCAUGACUAUAGUAAAAUACAUUUAGUGUACAGCACUUUUGAAGGAGCUGGUUCACAUAUGCCUUGUAUUUUGGUGCAGGUUUUUUCCUCCCUAUUGGGUGCCAGGUGUGAUAUGCAAUGUUCUGUCACAUUUUCAAGCAGUGGGGAUAGACCUUAGAUAUAGUGUCGUGGAAUUGAUGGUGCAGAAAAUAUUGUUCGUACUAGUAUGACAUCCAUGAUCAUCAAUAUUAUAUUCGUCUGGGUGUAUUGUCGUUUGGCAUACAUGUUAGUGUCUUGUGAGCUGAAGUUGUGUCAGAAAGUGUAAAUUAUGUUAUUGCGACAUAUUUAAUGUUUUGAAUUUAUCAUAAUACCAUGUGGGAAAUUAUUGGACAUACUAUGUUUUAAGGAGAGAAAAAAAUGUAAUCCAAAUUCGACAAAAAUGGCAUACUUCCAAUUAGUGAUGGAUACCAAGUAUUAUCUUUUUUGCUCUGAACAGGUAUCUAGAGAAAAAUAUAUUCAGAUCGUUGUUGUACAAAUUCAAAUCUUAUCUUACAGUAUAUACCAACAAACGCCUCUUCCUUCCUAUUUGUGACUAGGAAUACUUCCAUGCUAAUAGACUCUACAUAUA